CGCACUAUUUCCGUGCAAGAAAUAUUUCAGAGGGAGAUACGCGAAAGCAAAGAGUCAUCAUCAUCGCCUUCCGCCUUUUGGUCCCUCCUGCAACAACCAUCAUCGUCCUCGGCAAUCAUCCAAUCGAUUUCAUCUCCAGCCAAUCUGACGGUCUCCAUCCUUGCGCGUCAUCUGGUCCAUCCUUCCCAGCCAACACCACUGCCAUAGGGGUCUAGGAACACACUCUAUUCUUCUUUAUCGCGACAAGUGAAAAAGACCUCGUCCUCACGUCUGGAUAGACCUUUUCCCAACUCUUCAACACGCACCCCAACAGCACAUCAUGAGCACAGCAGACGUUUGCUACACUAUCAUCCACCAAUCCGAUGCUGAUGAGGAGAUCAGGCCUGAGACCCUCCGCCAGAGGAUCGAAAAGGGCUCGGACGAGAUCAAAAUCGAGACCAUGCGCAAGAUCAUCUUCACAAUGCUCAACGGCGAUCCUCUGAACUCGCUGUUGAUGCCCGUCAUCAUGAACGUGAUGCGCUCCCGCAACAAACAGCUCAAGAAACUCGUCCACUUCUACCUAGAAAUCUGCCCAAAGACUAACCCCGACGGCAAACUCAAGCAGGAGAUGAUCCUUGUCUGUAACGCGUUGAUGGGCGAUCUGCAGCACCCCAACGAGUAUAUCAGAGGCUCCACUCUCCGCUUCCUCUGCAAGCUUCGCGAGGCCGAGUUGCUUGAGCCCCUGUUGCCAUCUGCCCGUGCCUGCUUGGAACAUCGCCACUCGUAUGUCAGAAAGAACGCCAUCUUUGCCAUCUACACCGUCUACAAGCACUUUGAUUAUCUCGUCCCUGACGCUCCCGAGUUGAUCCACGGAUUGCUGCUUCAGGAGGCCGAUAUGGCGUGCAAGCGCAACGCCUUCGUCAUGUUGGUCAACUGCGCUGCCCCUCUCGCUGUGGAAUACCUGGAUUCGGUCAUCAACCAGGUCAACAGCUUUGACGAGCUCCUUCAGAUGGCGAUUGUCGAUUUGAUUCGCAAGGACUGCAGGAAUAACUCUGCAAACAAGGGCAAAUACAUUCGCUGUAUCUUUGAGCUGUUGAAUGCUCAGUCGCAUUCUGUCAAGUACGAGGCUGCCACGACCUUGAUAGCUCUCACCUCCAAUCCCGCUGCAGUCAAAGCUGCCGCCUCGUGCUACAUUGAGCUCAUUGUCAAGGAAGCCGAUAACAACGUCAAGCUGAUUGUCCUGGGUCGCUUCGAUGAGUUGCGUGGGAAGCAUGAGAAGGUCUUGGACGACUUGGUUAUGGAGAUUCUCCGAGUUCUCUCAAGCCCUGAUAUUGCAGUCCGCAGAAAGGCGAUCGGUAUUGCCUUGGAUAUGGUUACGAGCCGCAAUGUGGAAGAGGUCGUUGGAUUCUUGAAGAAGGAGCUUACAAAGACCUUGGAUCAGGACUAUGACCUGAACAUGGAGUACCGCCAGCUGUUGAUCCAGUCCAUUCACUCAUGCGCCAUCAAGUUCUCUGAAGUCGCUGCCAGCGUCGUUCACGUCCUCAUGGAGUUUUUGGGCGACUCCAACAACCCUUCUGCAGUCGAUGUUAUCGCUUUUGUUCGUGAGGUGGUCGAAAAGUUCCCCAGCCUUCGCUCUUCCAUUCUGGAGCGUCUUAUGGAGACUUUCCCCGAAAUGAAGGCUGCCAAGGUCUUCCGUGGUGCCCUUUGGAUUGUCGGAGAGUACUGCUUGGAGGCUCAGAAUAUCGAGGAUGCAUGGAGGCAUAUUCGCACGGGAUUGGGCGAGAUUCCCAUUUUGGCAUCGGAGCAGCGCCUUUUGGAUGAAGCCCAGAACGAGGAUAACGAGAGCAAGGCGCCCGAGACAAAAUCAGCAGCACCUGCGAGACGUGUCCUGGCAGAUGGAACCUAUGCCACAGAAUCCGCAUUGGCCUCCUCCGUAUCUGCACAGUCUAAGCUAGAUGCUGUCAAGGCUGCUGCCAAGCCUCAGCUGAGGGCCUUGAUCUUGGGAGGCGAUUUCUAUCUGGGAACUGCACUGGCUUCGACCCUGACCAAGUUGGUGCUCCGUUUCUCGGAUGUGAGCCAGGACCAUCGCCGCCUGAACUCUCUGCGUGCGGAGGCCAUGUUGAUCAUGACUUCGAUUAUUCGUGUUGGCCAGUCCCAGUUUGCCAACUCUCCGAUCGAUGAGGACUCUUAUGACCGUAUCAUGUCCUGCCUUCACGUGUUGGAGAAGUUUGGCCAGGAUCCGUUGAUGAAGCAGGUCUUCUUGCAGGAUACCAAGGUUGUCUUCGGAAAGAUGGUUCAAGCAGAGGAGAAGCGCAAAGAGGAAAAGAAGGCCAAGGACAACAAGGACACACGCGUGCAGGCCGACGACUUGAUCACCUUCCGCCAGUUCUCAAAGGCCAAGCACGGAGAUGAGGCAGACGAGUACGAACUCGACUUGACAAGGGCCACCGGCGCAGGAGAUACCAAGGAUGACUUGAUGUCGAAGUUGAGCAGGGUCGUUCAACUUACUGGUUUCUCUGAUCCCGUCUAUGCAGAGGCCUAUGUCAAUGUGCAUCAGUUUGAUAUCAUGUUGGAUGUAUUGAUCGUCAACCAGACCGCGGAUACCCUACAAAACUUGGCUAUUGAGUUUGCAACGCUGGGCGACUUGAAGUUGGUGGAGCGUCCAGGACAGCACACGAUCGCACCUCACUCGUUCCACUCGAUCAAGGCCAACAUCAAGGUGUCGUCCACGGAGACAGGGGUGAUCUUUGGCAAUAUUGUGUACGAUGGACCAACAACGGGCGACAGCAACUGCGUUGUACUGAACGACAUUCACAUUGAUAUCAUGGACUACAUCAAUCCGGCCUACUGUUCGGAGACACAGUUCAGGAGCAUGUGGCUCGAGUUUGAGUGGGAGAAUAAGGUCAAUGUCAACACCUCCAUCACUGAUCUCCAACAAUACUUGCAGCACAUCAUGAAGUCGACCAACAUGUCGUGCUUAACCCCUGAGGCAGCGUUGUCUGGCGAGUGCGGUUUCCUUUCAGCUAACAUGUAUGCACGAUCGGUGUUCGGCGAGGAUGCAUUGGCCAACUUGAGCAUUGAGCGCCAGGGCGAUGGUCCUAUCACUGGCCAUGUACGCAUCCGUUCCAAGACGCAGGGUAUUGCGCUCAGUCUGGGAGACAAGAUCACAUUGGCGGCCCAGAAGGUGGCAACCGUUGCUGCUUAAGGAAUCCCUGUUUUGUAGUUCAAUUGAAUCAGCAAAACGAGGCGUGUUGUUCGGGAAACAUGGCCAGUGUAGAGUUCCAAAGACAUAUGAUAAAGUAAUAAAUUACAAUCAAUAGCAAAC